AUGCCAAAGGACAAGCGCAAGCGCGCAAGCGCCGCCGGCGACGCGUCCCCUUAUGCGAAGCCCUCAGCCAAAGCGUCGGCCGCGCACUCAAUCUUCAAAAUGGACAAGGACCUCGGCCAGCAUAUUCUCAAGAACCCCGGUGUCGCGAGUGCCAUAGUGCAAAAGGCAUAUUUGAAACAGUCGGACCAUGUCCUCGAAGUCGGACCCGGCACGGGCAACUUGACGGUCCUCAUACUGAAGGCCGCCAAGGCUGUCACCGCCGUCGAGAUGGAUCCUCGUAUGGCUGCCGAGUUGACCAAACGAGUGCAAGGAACGGCCGAGGCGAAGCGUUUGAAGGUCAUGCUGGGAGAUGUGAUCAAGACGGAACUUCCACACUUCGAUGUAUGCAUUAGCAACACACCAUACCAAAUUUCGAGUCCCCUGGUGUUUAAGCUGCUGAGCUUGCCCAGCCCGCCCAGGAGUUGCAUCCUCAUGUUUCAGCGGGAAUUUGCCAUGCGCCUCUUCGCUAAGCCGGGCGAGAAGCUCUACUCAAGACUGUCAGUCAACGUGCAGAUGUGGGCCAAGGUCAGCCACAUUAUGAAAGUUGGCAGAAACAACUUCAACCCGCCGCCCCAGGUCGAGAGCAAUGUCGUUCGUAUCGAGCCAAAGCAUCCCAGGCCACAGAUCGCCUAUGAUGAAUGGGACGGUCUUCUCAGAAUAGCCUUUGUGCGAAAGAACAGGACCUUGCGUGCUUCGUUCCUUGGCACAGCUGCCGUGGUGGAGCUUCUCGCAAGCAAUUACCGUCUUUUCUGCGCACAGAACGACAUUCUUCUCGAUGAUUCACCAAUAAAUCCCAACGAAGGUACCUUAGAGGCUGAGGGCAUGGAAGUAGACGAAGAUGAUGAUUUCAAAGGGUUCUCGGACCCCGAUGAUCCUGACGAUGAACUUCCCGACUUCUUCAAGCAGAUGCAGUCUGAGAAGAAGAAGAACGGGAUUAAUAGAAAGAAAAAGGGAAGGGUAAGUGAACUAGUACGAGAAAAAGUGAGGAAAAUAUUAGAAGAUGAGACACAACUCGCAGAAAAGCGAGCGCGACUAUGUGAUGAAGGAGACUUCCUUAAGCUAUUGUAUGCUUUUAAUCAAGAGGGUAUCCACUUUAGCUAG